AUGGGUCGCGAGGAAAUGCAGGAUCGUCUCAAAGAGUUGGAGACAGAGAAGUCUGUUCUCGAGUGGGCUCUUGAAGCUAGCCUUCACGAGAAGGGCGUCGACACUGACGAGGAAGACAGCAAGUUCGACUCUUUGUCCACCUACACUAUGGCGGACUACCCAGCCUCGAACCCUCAAGUGGACGAACCCCUGGUUCAUGUUUACCCGACUGAGCCCAUCUCCGAUACCGAAUCUGCCAUCUCGCUGCACAGCACAGAGAAGUCCGUCGUUUGCUCAGAGGCCUCUACUAUGGCGCGUAUCAAGUUCACGACCACCAUGCCGGUUCAGCAGGUUGUCCAGUCGGACCCUGCAUCUUACCGCUACGAUGGUACUGGCAUGUCUGAAGACGGCUGGGAGGAUGAAGAGACUGUCCGCGGCUCUACUGUUGGUAUUGGAAAGGGAAAGGAGGCUUCGGAGGACGCCAAUGCCACUGAUCCCAACUCCCCUCUCAUCAUCACCAACCCUCACCCGAGCCUUUCUAUCUCGACCGAAUUCCUUCAGAAGGCUAUUCUCGACAGCCGCAAGCCUGGAAGUCCUUUUCUACGCUCCUUCAUCCACCGCGAACCUGUUGACGGCAAAUCGGGUGAAUACACGGACUGGAAGUGGAUUCCCUUCCUUGUCUUUGGCGCUGCAGCUGAGCUUGUCUCAACCAACAUUGCCAAAGGCGACAUCGAGAUCAUCUGCAUGAAGGAUACUCAAUUCACCAACUUGAUUCAGAACAACGAAAACAUGUUCGAGGACCCUGGAAGUCUUGCUGCUAAAUCUGCUCUUCAUGGAGAGCUCAAGCCUGCUUUCAAUGGUCCCGAGUCUUGGGGCUUCCGCGUUUUGGUCUGGCGCCUUCAAUCUUCCGAGAAGACUGUCUACAUGGAUCGUGAGGGUCACCCUAUCCCUGGAAAGGCUGGUGCUCUGCCAUGGGACGAGGCUGAGGCUUAG